UUUCGACAUGACCGAAUGGUUCACAAUGAUUCGGGUAAAGUGACAUUAUUGACUGCCUAUUGUGAUUUGUGCAUUUUUGCAAGUGACAUCGAUGACAUCGAAGCACAUGUUGUUUUGGGAAGAAGCUGUCAUUGCAAUCAAAUCAGCGAACAUUUCAGUUUUAUAGUUUUUGGGCUGUGUACACCGCUAGUUAGCAAGUUCUAUAAGUUUACCAGAUCAACAAUGAAAUUGAAAACAUCAAAAAAGUCGCGAAAGGCUGUCUCCGUGUCGGACGAUUUUGCGGUGGAAACUGUCGAAGCUGAGAGUAAAUCGCCAAAUGGAAAAAAAUUGUCGAAAAAGCUGAAAGCAGUCGGACUGAAUGGCUCGACAAAGAUCGAUAAAUUGUCCAAGAAAGCUGCGAAUGGCCUAGCGAGUAGCAGCAAAAAAUUGUCAAAAGAAUCGAAAUACGUGAAUGGUGGAAAAAAGAAGUUGUCAAAGAAGUCAAAAGCAUCUGAGCUAACUGUAGAGGACAGUGACGAAGAGCACGACAUCGAAGACGAAGAGGAUGUGUCUGAUAAGUCCAAGAAAAAGAAAAAAUUGAGAAAAACCGAUGAUGUUCCGGGUGUCGGAGACAAAAAGGCAUCAAAAGUAUCGAAAGCUGUGAAUGGCAAGUCAAAGAAAUCCAAAUCAUCCGAAUUGGUGCCGGAGGUAUCCGACCAGGACUUCGAAGAAACAGAAGAAAUAUCAGAGAAGUCCAAGAAGAAGAAAAAAUCGAAAGGCACCGACGGUGCUAAAGUUGUCAAGGACCAUAAGGCAUCGUUGAGCAAUCUGAAAACAACUGAUCCGGAAUUUUACAAGUUUCUCAAAGAAAAUGACCGAAAAUUGUUGAACUUUGAGGCAGACAAUGAUGGUGAAGGCGAUAGCGAAAGUGAGAACGAGGUGGAGGAGCCGAUGAGCGACGAGGACGAUGAUAAUGAUGAAUCCGUUCACAAGCCGAACGAAACUUUAGAAGCAGCCAGUGAUGAAAGUGACUAUGAAGAACGGAAUGACGAGGAUGAGGAAGAGUCGACAGCUGCUGGCCGAUCGAUUACGCUGAAGAUGCUGAAGCAAUGGCAGAUGGAUUUGAAUGACGAGAAAGUGAAAGCCGAUACCAUCAAAAAUGUGAUUCUGGCAGUCAAUUCGGCUUUGAUGAGUGUAGCUGGUGAGGACAUGAAUGCGGCCGCGUAUAAAGUGGAAGGUACCGCAGUUUUCAACGGGAUCCUCCAACUAUGCGUGCUGCAUUUGCAUCCGGCUGUGUUGCGAUUCCUGGGAUUAACCAGUCGAACGUCGAUAAAACCACACAAAUGCAAGAAAUGGAAGAAAGUCCGAACGUCGAUGCGCGGUUACUUCAUCGACUUAACCAAACUCCUCGAACACAUUUCGUCGGCGAAUAUUCUGAUUGUCCUUCUGAAGCAUUUGCAUCAAAUAUCGCCAAUGAUUGCAUCGUUUUCGAACAUGACCAAACCCAUUCUGAAGCGUCUCGUCACACUAUGGAGUACAUCCGAUGAAACGGUACGCGUUCUGGCUUUUCUAUGCAUUCUGAAGAUAACCCGUGGGCUGCCAACAACGUUUUUGAAUGUCAUUCUCAAGGCGAUGUAUCUGUCGUACGUCAGAAACUCGAAAUUCGUCAGUCCGGGAACAUUGCCCGGAAUCAAUUUCAUGCGACGAUCCUUGACCGAAAUGUUCGCCCUGGAUCUAAAUGUGUCCUAUCAACAUGUUUUCCUGUACAUCCGUCAGCUGGCUAUUCAUUUGCGUAAUGCGCUUACGUUGAAGAAGAAGGACAGCUUCCAGUCGGUGUACAACUGGCAAUUCAUCAACUCGAUGCGCUUGUGGGCAGAAUUGCUAUCCGCAACCAACAACAAAACGCAACUUCAGCCGCUCAUCUAUCCGUUGGUGAGCAUUAUCACUGGCGUCAUAAAACUGAUUCCAACCGCUCAGUUUUUCCCGUUACGUUUCCACUGCAUACAAAUAUUGAUUCAGCUCAGCAAAGAGACCAGAUGCUUCAUUCCGACCCUCCCGUUCAUUUUGGAAGUUUUAAAUUCAAACACAUUCAACAAGAAACACUCGAAAGUGUCAAUGAAGCCGCUGUCAUUCACCUGCAUUCUACGCUUGAACAAGCCACAAAUGAUGGAGAACGGAUUCCGCGACGAGGUCGUUCAAAACAUAUUCGACCUGACACUGGAAUAUAUGGCCAAUGAAUCUUAUUCGCUCAGCUAUCCGGAACUGGCUGUUCCGUGCAUCAUCAAUCUGAAGCAAUACAUCAAGAAGCGCUGCAAGAACAGCAACUACACGCGUAAGCUCAAGCAACUAGUUGAGAAAUUGGAAGAGAACUCAAAGUUCGUCGAAACGGAACGCGAAAAAAUCAACUUUACGUUGAAGGACACACAAUUGAUUACGGCUUGGGAGACCACAUUGAAGAACAAGGGUACGCCACUGCUGACGUACUAUAACAAUUGGGUCAAGACCAACUUUACCAAGAAGAAACGUCAGGCAAUACAAUCGGAAGACAUCAACGAUUACGAUAUGCCAUCGAUUAAGCGAAAAUCGCCCGGAACACAGAAACCGGCACAAGACGGUCCAGUUGAACUGUUUCCGUCGGAUGACGAAAACGAUGAUUUGGAAGUGGAGAAACAACCGCCAGCAAAGAAAGCGAAAAAGGAUAAGAAAGCAAUCGAACGGGUCGCUACUGAAAUGGAAGAGGAUGAUGACGAUGAUUUCAAUGACGAUGGUGUCGAUAUUGUAAAAGAUUUAGACUUAGACGAUUGGUAAGGAAGUUUCAUUAAAUACAACAAAUUUGAUAAAAAUGA